CCUGUGGGAACACUUGGACCAAGACCUGAAAGGGGACUGAAACUAUUUAGGACUGACCGCCAUUCAGUGGAUCACUGCUUGAGUUGAUAUUUAUAUUUGUGUGUAACAUGGAAUCUUUUCUGGGCCUGCUCAUAAUGACAACAGCCUUUAUCUCACAGGUGACGGCUAGCUGUCCGGCUGUGUGCGAGUGCCCUGCGGGACCCCCGAAAUGCCCACCCGGGGUUAGCGCUGUACCAGACGGAUGUGACUGCUGCAAAGUGUGCGCUGCGCAGCUUAACCAGGACUGCGGCCCCAUAAAACCUUGUGACCAUCACAAAGGGCUGGAGUGCAAUUACGGCAACGAUGUGACCGUGGCCUGGGGUGUCUGUCGAGCCAAAUCCGAAGGACGCACAUGCGAGUACAGCAGCAGGAUCUACCAGAAUGGCGAGAGCUUCCAUGUUGGAUGCAAGCACCAGUGUACCUGCAUAGAUGGCGCUGUGGGAUGUGCGCCUCUCUGUGAUGACAGGUUGCCUCCGGCCUCGCCGUCUUGCCCCUUCCCAAAGUUGGUCAGGAUACCCGGUCAGUGCUGCUUCACUGUGGACUGCCACAAAGGCCCUUGGGGCCUUCCUCCUAAACAUCACAAAAAGAUGUCCUUUCCAAAGAGGCACCAAUCCAAACUGGAGCGUCAUCCUGCCCUGCGACCUCGUGAAAACGAUCCGCUCGUGGAGAACGACAUCACGCCUCUCAGAACGAAUGGCUGGGAAGGUGAACGAGGUUACAAUCACCUGCCAGUGUGGGGCCCCCUGAAGAAGUGUCCCAUCCUCACCACCGACUGGUCCCAGUGCUCGCGCAGCUGCGGUAUGGGCGUUUCCUCCCGCCUCUCCAACAAGAACCCUCAAUGCAAGCUGGAGAGGGAGACCAGACUCUGUACAGUACGGCCGUGCAGCGCUGGGACUUUUCCAAGCAAGGCGCAGAGAGGAAAAAGAUGCUCCACCGCCCAAAAAGCGCUGUGGCCCCUGCGCCUGUCCUUCGGGGAGUGUGUGAGCGUGCGUCUCUACCGCCCCAACUUCUGCGGCGUGUGUCCGGGCGGACGCUGCUGCUCGCCGCGCCGCACGCGCACCGUACCUGUGACCUUCGCCUGCCCGGACGGCCAGCGGUUUCAGAGGUCAACCAUGUUCAUUCAGUCGUGCAAAUGCAGCGAGGACGCGUGCGGCCACCUGAACGACGUGGCGCUGCCGCCACAGCACUGGAUGUACGGAGACACGCACAAGUUCAUAGAUUAAUGUUUUUAUUGCGAUGGAAGGACGGCGGAAGAAAACGACGAGCCGGUUUUUGUUUUUUUUUCCUCAUCUGGCUCCGAGUGAGUAACGAGUGCGUACACACACCUGCCCACGAGCAGGGCGCCCCCUAGUUGUACUGCGUCCUUGUCAGACGUGGGAGCUAAAUUCAUAAACACUUCAGGAUCGCUUGUUCUGAUGCUAGUAUGUUGGGAGCUUGCAGGCAGCAACAUGACCUUUGACACGGUGGCCACAACUCCAAGUCCCUCGACGCCAUAUCCCAUGAUGCAUUGGUCCCGCUUGACAACCAGCAAAAGAACUCUUGAGGCUUUUGCAGGGAAUAAUGACUUUGACGCGGCAGUUUUGAAACACAGACUGCACUAGUUUCUGUUGAGUUGUUUUUUUUCCCCCCCCGCUAGAGGUGGAACGUGUGACACAUUUCUGCUCGGAAGUAGAGAUGUCCGAUAAAUUAUCGGUAUCGGUUUCAAAAAGUAAAAUGUAUGACUUCUUUAAACGCCGCUGUGUACACAGAUGUAGGGAGAAUUACCUUUUUAAAGGCACUUCCUUUUGCGUGCCGGCCCAGUCUCACAAUAUCUACGGCUUUUCACACACACAAGUGAAUGCAAGGCAUACUUGGUCAACAGCCAUACAGGUCACACUGAGGGUGGCCGUAUAAACAACUUUAACACUGUUACAAAUAUGCGCCACACUGUGAACCCACACCAAACAAGAAUGACAAACACAAUUCGGGAGAACAUCCGCACCGUAACACAACAUAAACACAUCAGAACAAAUACUCAGAACCCCUUGCAGCACUAACUCUUCCGCGCCAACCUCCUCAUGCUCUCUCAGGGAGCAUUUCCCAAAUUCCAAGCUGCUGUUUUGAGGCAUGUUAAAAAAAAUAAUGCACUUUGUGACUUCAAUAAUAAAUAUGGCAGUGCCAUGUUGGCAUUUUUUUACAUACCUUAAGUUGAUUUAUUUUGGAAAACUUUGUUACAUUGUUUAAUGCAUCCAGCGAAGCAUCACAACAAAAUUAGGCAUAAUAGUGUGUUAAUUCCACGACUGUAUUUUGGUUGAUAUCGGUAUCGGUAAUUAAGAGUUGGACAAUAUCGGAAUAUCUGCAAAAAGGCCAUUAUCGGACAUCUAUACUCGGAAGUAAAAAAAACAUGGACUGCGAAUUAAAUCGGUUGUGUCGCAACUUGCUCAAAGUUACAUUUUUCAAAACAAAAAAGAACGCCACCGACGAGCUUACAGUGCAUCCGGAAAGUAUUCACAUCGCUUCACUUUUUCCGCGUUUUUGUUCUGUUACAGCCUUAUUCCAAAAUUGAAUCAAUUCAUUUUUGUCCUCAAAAUUAUACACACAAUACCCCACAAUAACUGUUUUUUUAUUUAUUUUGCAAAUGUAUUAAAAAUCAAAAAUGGAUUAUAUGUAUUCCCAGCUUUUGCUCAAUACUUUUGUGCACCUUUUUGAAGCAAUUACAGCCUCAAGUCUUUUUGAAUACGAUGCUGGAGAUGUUCAAGGACAUCCUGGAUAAAAACUGACACUUCCUAUUCAACCUGAUAAAGCUUGAGAGGUGGAAUGGGCAAAACUGGCCAAAGAUAGGUGUGCCAAGCUUGUGGCAUCGUAUUGAAAAAGACUUGAGGCUGUAAUUGCUGCCAAAGUAUUGAUAAAAGACUGUGAAUACUUGUGUUUUUUUUUAGUUUUUAUUGUUAAUAAAUUUGCAUUAAAAAAAAGCUUUUCACAUUGUCAUUAUGGUGUAUUGUGUGUAGAAUAUUUAGGACAAAACUGAAUUUAGUCCAUUUUGGAAUAAAGCUGUAUCAACAAAAUAUGUCAAAAGUGAAGCGCUGUGAAUACUUUGUGGAUGCACUGUAUAUUACUAUUAAACAUAACGGUUUUUUUACAUUUUAUUUUAAAUCAGGGGUAUAUAACAUAUUCAUACGGACAUUAUUUCAAGCUCACUCGGGGUGCCACGAUCACAUAUUGAUAUUGGAUAUCGGCCCGAUAUCAGCAGAAAUAAGUGUAUCGAUUGGCAUAUAAACUCUAGUUUCUUCUAUUUUAGUCAAGUCAUUUACAAAAGGUAAACAUAGUAGACUAGAGACCAGGGGCCGUACUUAUCAAGCUUCUUAGAGUGCCAUUUUACACUUAAGUCCUGAGAAUUUGCGAAAU